GCAAAGGGGAAAGCGAAGCUGCUUCAACACCUCACAGUCCAGUCAAAGAUCUCUCGUCUUCGUUGCCUUUUGGCUGGAGGAGAACCUCACUGGGAGUAUCCUUCCCCUUCCGUCGCCGGAGCUUCGAUUGGAUCUCGAUCGGACAUGGUUUCCGCUCUGAUCCUCUCCGUCACGUUCCUCAUCAUCAACAUACUCCUCUUCGCGUCCACCUUCUAUCAGGUUUUGAUCCUAUCAGAUUUGGAGGCCGACUAUGUAAACAUGUAUGAAGCAGCAUCUCAGAUCAAUAGAUGGAUCCUCCCUGAAUUUGUUUUACAAGGAGUGCUCACUCUGCUUCUACUAGUCACUGGGCAUUGGAUAAUGUUCCUUAUUUCGGUUCCUCUUACGUGCUAUCAUGUAAUGCUGUAUAUCAAGAAAAGGCACCUUAUUGAUGUGACCGAAAUAUUUAGAGUUAUUGGUGCUGAGAAGAAAUAUCGUUUGGUGAAGCUUGGUUUACUAUCAAUCCUCUUUCUCUGCGUAAUCUUCAGGCUUGUAUUUUCCAUCUUCGAGUCUUUCGUCGAUGAGGAUGACUCAUUCUGAUUGUUAGCAGUUGGAGAAGUAGCCCUGAUGGAUAGCAAAGUUUGUAGAUUAUCUUCACGGAAGCUUUUUGGCAGUAGGUAUUCUUUCUUGAUUGGAUGGUCCCAUUGAUUCAUGGCGUGUGAGUGAUUGUUGGUGCACUGCAGAGUUGUAUUGAAAAUUGGAAUAUGCAGCCAUCUCCUCGUCCUGAAUAUUUAUCAUGAUUGAUAUGUCAAACAACGAAGGUCGUUUCUUACGUAUUCUUUUCUGGGAGGGGCUGAAUUGCCGGAAUAUUUUAGAUCUGUUGGCUUCGUCUUAAGUUUUUCUGUGUUUUGCAUUUGAACCUUGAAAGUAAAACAUACGGGACACAUCUGUAAUCACAACAUGGCUUGCCAGAAUUACUGAAGCGUCUCCUCGUGUAUUUCGAUUGACCACUA